CACUCUCCACAAUGCCUUCAGACCCCCCCACAACCACUAACCCAACCUUCCUCCAGCCCUAUUCUGUUGUUACCAAGUUUGACGGCAGCUUGAAGCUAGACAUAGAUUCCCUGAUCAAGGAAAUUGAGGAAUUCAUAGUAUCAGCGGGGACACCGAGAUCAGACAACGGGUUCGAUAAGAAAUGUUUAAAUGCUGUUCAUUCCCGUCUUGACCUUACCUCACCAAAGGUUAGGGAAGCGUUUCAUGCUUUUGACAAACAACCUAACCCCUCGUGGGAAUUGUUUAAGCAAGAAUUUGGCAUUCUAUUCAGACCCUCUCAGGUUGAUCAUGUACUUCAGCUCGCCAGGAUUUUUAGCUUACGGCCGCAGUCAUUUUCUUACGCUGACCUCCGCGCUCAUUGUAAUCGCGUCAGACUUGCAGUAAAUAAGUGGAUUUCGGCCAUCCCAGAUAACUCCCUUUCAAACAUCAAAGGAGCAUUUCGUGAUACCGCAUCCCACAAUGAAUAUAUGCUUUACUUCACUUCGGCAGUAUUUGCAUCAUCACUCACCCCAUUGUGCCAGGAGAAAGUUUGGCGUGAAAUCGGAAAGAUCGAUAAUGUUGUUGAACUGCCGGACAUUUUUUCUAAGGCAGUUAAAGAAGUUGCUGGCAAUGAUGUGCAGGUAACCAAUGCUUUAUCUGCGAAACCAACCUCCCCUCCCCAACCCCAACCCUCCACUGAACUCGUUCGUGUGCCAACACGCCAAACCAUUCCGCCCCUAAUGUCCUUACCUGCCCGCCCUAACCCCCGCUCUAGUUAUUACCCCCGCAUGCCAGGACGUUAUACCCCGAACUCACCCUAUCAGAACACCCCAAUCCCGCGUCCUCUCUUUAGACCCCCUGCUGUUACCAAUUGGAUCCCUGAAAAGUCGGUCUGCCACAAAUGCUUACAUCAUGGCCAUUUUUCUCGCGACUGCCGGAACAUUCCGGUAUGCCCAUUCCACAACAUUUAUGGACACCCAUGGUAUCAAUGCAAAGUCUAUACAGAGCAGAGUGCUAUAACACAGGAUUUAUUAACAAAAGCUAGACGUGGAAGUAGCCCCCACAAAACACAAAAGUCGUGCUAUUUUUUAGAGGAACUUCUCGAAGACCUCCAAGAUACUCCCCCAGCAGACCCUUCCCCAGAUGCGGAAAUCUUGCAAAGCCCAUGGGACUCAGUACUCAAUUAAUAGCCUCUGCUACUGCUAGCCAUUGCAAUAGCCCCCCUCUGCUUCCUGCACGCCUCAAUGGUAAACCAGCAAUGUUCUUCUUAGAUAGUGGUUCGUCUGUCAGUCUGGUGUCCGCUUCAACUUUGUCAAGGUUUGGGUUAGAUCUCAAGAUCCAACCUCCUCGCUGGUCUGUACGGGGUGCUUCUGGUAACAGUCUGAGGGUAAUAGGAGAAACCAGGCUGAACAUUAAGUUGGAUGGGAUUUUGUUUCUCCAUCCAUUUAUUGUUACUGAGUCCCAUACUGUCCCUGGUGAUCUCCUCCUGGGCCAUGAAUUCCUCUGGCGUACAGGUAUUGCUCAUGACCCUAGGAAUAACAGAAUUAAGUUUAAUGGUAAGUUUUUCUCCCUCGUUAAGCCCUCCUCCAUGUGGACUCAUCGCAACAGUUAUGAUGCACUCAUGCCCCCCCGUAAGUACCACAACAAAGACUCAAUUUCUGGCCAUAUAACUGGGAAAGAGAUUCCCCUCAACAAACAAACAAAUAACCCCAAACCCCCUGACCUCCCCAAGCAUCGUCCCAGACUCAGGUGCCAGAGAAGUCCUGCUUCUGUGCCAAGUAAGCCUCCCACCUCUCAGGCCUUGGACCAAGAUACUCCCGCUGCCCCUCCCCAUAAUAUUCCCCCUUGUCCUACCCCAGCUACUGCUACACAUUUUGGACCCUUUUCAUGGACUAUGGGCGACAGUGCAUUACACUUUCGUGUAAAGGAAAUUACCACCAUUCCUCCAUUCUCCGACAUGCCUGUCAACGUUGUAACACAUGUAAACGAGGGUGCAUGCCUGGUCUUGCCAGAAGGAUCUCGUGUUAAGGGAAUUGCCAUCUUGCCAGCACUUUAUUCCAUAUCUAAAGGGGAGUCAUUCCUCCACCUGAUUAACUUAACCCCUACCCCCAUCCGACUUCACAAUAACACCCGGGUAGUUGAUUAUGAACUAGCUAAAGGUGAAGUCAUGGAACUACCACCGCCUGCCUUCACUGCAACCACUCAAACUCAGCCCACUCUGGGCGAGCCACCUCCCUCCUCUCAUGAAACACUCUCGACUAUUCCCUCUCCAGAUUUUGAUGAGGGUUAUGAGAUCUUAUCUCGCCUCUUCCGGGAAUAUCCCUCCCUAUUGCCUUCUGAGUCUCGACCCCUUGGCAAGACUGAUAUCCUUCAACAUAAGAUUAACCUGGUUCCCAAUGCUCAGCCUGUCUAUAUUCCAAGUUAUCGCAUCCCUCAUAGCCGCCGCUCUGCUCUUGACAAGGCUACCGCUGACUUACUCGAUCAAGGUAUAAUAACCCCAAGUACCUCACCCUGGUCCGCUCCAAUGUUACUGGUACCCAAGAAAGAUGGAACAAUGAGACCAGUUAUUGACUACAGACGACUAAACAAGUUAACUAUUCCUGAACCAUUUCCCAUUCCCUCCCUUCGACUGUUAUUACAAGACAUUGGUACUAACAACAAAGUCUUCUCGACUCUCGACUUAGCUAAGGGAUUUCAUCAGUUACCCAUGCACCCUGAUUCCCAAAAGUUUACUGCUUUCUCCACCCCUUCUGGACACUGGGAAUUCACAAGAAUGCCUUUUGGCCUAAGAAACGCCCCAUUGAGUUUUGCACGAUUAAUGUCCCUUGUCAUGAGUGGUCUUGUUGGAAAUGACGUACUCAUUUAUCUGGACGACCUAUUGGUGGUGUCAAAGGAUGUUGCCGAGCACGAAGUAAAACUCCGGAAGAUUUUAGUAGACUAUAUUAAGAGCUUCUUAGGUUUAGCAGGGUUUUACAGACCCUUCAUACCCCAUUUUGGCUCCAUUGCAAGCCCUCUUUCCCGGCUACUUAAAAAAGACUCCGAAUUUGUUUGGGGCAAGGAUCAGGACUUUGCAUUUCAAUCCCUGAAAUCUAAGUUAAUUAAGUCGCCAGUAUUAGCAUUCCCAGAUUUUUCCAAGCCCUUCAUAUUAGCAACUGACGCCUCUAAUGUUGGCAUUGGCUCUGCACUCAUGCAAGAAUUCGAGGGAAAGCUAAAGCCCAUUGGUUUUGCAAGUCGAAUCUUAAAUAUUGCCGAGAAGCGUUAUUCGACAUCUGACAAGGAAUUGCUAAGCAUUAUAUGGUCACUCAAACAUUUUCGAGAAUUAAUUCUAGGCUAUGAUAUAGAAGUAAGAACGGACCAUCAGCCACUGACCCAUAUCAUGUCUUGCAAGGACCCUCAUGGUAGAUUGGCCAGGUAUUUGGAUACCUUACUAGAGUUCAACCCCUCGAUUGUGUAUACCCCUGGCCCUUGUAAUAAGGUUGCAGAUGCCUUAUCUCGAGCACCUGUGUACUCCCUGUUCUCUGAUAACUGCCCACCCCUGGAUGCUCUAGAUAUCAAUGACAUAAAGAAAAGCAGAGAAGAUUUUUACCUGGACGAGUCUGGCCUUCUCUUUAGAUUGUCGACGCCCAGGAGGAAAGGAAGGAAGACAAAGAUUCGUUAUAGACAGUUAGUAUUCCCUGAGUGCCUUGUCCCCCUCAUUCUUAAGUAUUCCCAUGAGUCAUUGGAGGCAGCUCACGCUGGGGCUGCCAAAGCCAUUCAGCGUGCUAGAUCAAGAUUCUAUUUUCCCGGGUUGUUCAAGAGAGUUUUGCGACAUGUUAAGAGUUGUCGUGUCUGCCCAUUAUACAAGGGCUCAACCCAUCAGCCUGCUCCUGCAUUAUUGUAUGAUAUCCCUGACUUCCCCUUCCAGAAGGUAUCUUGCGAUACCCUUUCAGGAUUUAUACCAUCCCCCAGGGGCAACAAAUACAUUCUAGUUUUCAUUGAUAACUUCAGCAGAUACUGUGAGCUUGUUCCUGUACCGGACAAGUCAGCUCACACCAUUGCUAGAGCCUUCUAUAACAAUAUUAUAUGCAGAUACCAAUCCCCCCAGCAGCUCAGCAGCGAUAAUGGAACAGAAUUUCUACUCCCUUACGAGCUCUUGGAUGCAAAGCCAGACCCCAACUAUGAUGACAACUAUGCCAAGACACUACUUAUCAGACAACAGAAAGCCUUUAUGGUACUACAGUGUCGCAAUAACAAGGCACUUUGCAGGAGUUUAAAGGAUGAGUCACAGACAUGGCUCCACUUUGACCAGCUGAAGCUUGCUAAUAAGUACUUUGUAGAGCAGUUCCCUGAUUGCAACCUUUUAACCUUGGAGCCACAACACUCUUCUACACCACCUACGUUCUUACCUGACACCGUGGCCUGUCGUCUUAUACCUCCUACCCUUAAAAACAUUCAAAACAUUACCGUAUACACCCCUUUCCUCACAUUGCUAACAGUAACACAUGUAUCCUCUCUUCUGCCCCAUAUCAUCCUUAAGCCCUACAAGACUAAGUGCGCCGAAAGUGAACACCCCUUUUGUACCAUACAACAUUUAAGUAACAUACCAAGAUCAAGCCUUCGAUUACUCCCACAAACCUGA